CACGACACCACGUUUUCUCGCCACCAUGAUUGAACUCCUUCCAUGCUGUCGAAGCUUAUCCGCAAGGCAAGGUGCUGAGAUAAGGUUAUCGCCUAUCCGGCGAUUUCCGGCUAUUUCCUUCCUCGAUCGCGCUGCCCCGCCACGUGGGUAUCCACCUGGGCCAAUGGAUAAAGCUCUAGUAACAUCCGGCUAUCUCCUGCUCCGUCCGAGCACCAACGAUCAUCUACCAACACUUCUUCACCCCUUCCUUACCCUCAAGACGAAGCACCUUGCUUGUAUCUAUAUCGCGACCGGCUUAUCUUCCGAAUAUUGGAAGGUUGGAGGCGGGUAAUCGAUUACGCGGACCAAGGCAGGACAUGCUCGCCGGAGCCGAAACGCCAAGCCUGCGACGGCGCAGGUUGAGCGACGACAGCCGGCGGGAUGGAGUGGGGAUGGAGGAGUCAAGCCGCAAGAGAAAGCGGCGGAUCCUGUCCUGUGACACAUGCCGAAGGCAGAAGUGUCGGUGUGAGCUCGACGAGGAGUCUGAGGCGUGCGCGAGGUGUCGUUCGUUAAGGAUCACUUGCACAUGGAACGACAGCGGCGAUACCCAUUCAGUUUCUUCACGCGAAGCACCGGCCAAGCUUGACGUGGAGGGAAGGUUCCGAAGCCUAGAAGCGUCCAUAGUCGACCUCAAGGCGACGGUGCAGGCGCUAGCAUCGGGAAGCCGGCCAGAAGUUAGAAGGACGUUGGCAGCAGGGUGCCAAGAGAGGCUCCAUCAGCCGCAGCAGCAACAGUCGCCGGCCGAAAAGAGCGUUGUAGACGAUCAUGACUCUACCAAGGCCAGGGGAAAUGAGGACGUCGAGCCAGGGGACCGACAUGUCUACUUAUCCCCAGCCGAGGUUGUUCGGAAAGUUGGAAGCCAGCUGAGUGGAGGCUAUCGGAGAACAUUCGAUGUCCAAGCCGACGUUGUCUCGUCAGGCAUUUUGGACGACAAGACGGCUCGUGAUUUGGUUGCAGAAUUCGUCAGCCGAAGGCAGAAUACGCUCUUGAUCAACAGAGAAGCCGACCUCGCCCCAAAGAACAGGGAACUCCGGCAUGCUUCGCCCUUUCUGCACGAUGCCUGUUGUCUACACGCGAUGCGCUUUUCCGAGCACAGCUCGUCGGUGCUGCACCGUCGCGUGUUUGAGCACGUGCGCUUGCAGAUGGGGCAGCUGAUGAUUGCGAGCCCGUUGCCUUUGGAAGAGUUGACGGGUAUCAUGAUUAUGGCCUUAUGGGCUUCGGCACCAUCGGGGCCGGAAUAUAUCGACAGCUGGUUGGUGAGCGGCCAUUGUGCGCAACAGGCUAUGUUGAGCAUCAAUUUCUCGGAGGUCCUGUCGCGGACGAAAUCGAGAACAUCGACAGAUGAGGAUCAAAGGGUCAUGCGACUCUGGGCCAACACGUGUUUGGUGAAUCUCCAUUGGGCCGCGACCACUAGUCGUCCGGCGACCGUACCGGCCGCAUACCUCCAGCAGUGCAAGCUCCUCCUCAACUUUGAAAAGCCGACAAUGCUCGACGCCAUGGUCUACGCCGAAAUAAUGCUUUACAUGAUUCUCCAGGACAAGUUCGCGCAACGAUCUUACUUGAGAUGCGAUGGCGCAUGCGAAGAGCUUUCGGCAUGGAAGGCGAGAUGGAAUUACCUAUUCGAUCUUCCAGCCGCAUCAACGUUGAGGAUAAGUUACUCAAUCGCGUGGCUCAUUCUCGCCAGGCGUUCACUCGAACACGACCAAGCCACCUCGGACCAAGACUCUUUGUCCAGCUCACCGAGACUUGCCCCAGCAGACGUACGAGCGGGAAGAACACACAGAAACCCGGAUUCGCAGAGCCAGAGCCUUUCCGACAUGACGCAGUCGCGCGUGCGAGCCUUUGCGACAGACGUCGUCAGGGCCUUUGUCGACAUGCCAGGAUCCCGCGCCGAGGAGCUGCCCGAGUUUCAUCGCCUGUGUGUCGCCUACGCGAUGCUCAUCAUCUCCAAAUACGAGCAAAGAUUGCCGUUACUUGGAAGUGAGGGCGAGGGUGUGGGGGAGGGCGACGAUGCAGUACUGGAACUGCUCCGCGCGGCGCAGAGGCACAACGGCGUCCGGGGGAACAGCGCGCCGUCUGCGAUCCAAUUCGGACUGGAAAGAGCUUUGAAAAAGGUUGCGGAAAGAACGGAAGCCCGCGCCGGUAGCACUUCCGGUCCUGUUGCCGGAGGCGACGGCCACGGGUUGCCGGAUGGGGGAAUGUCAUUCAUGAGAAGUGGGAAUGUUCGGGGUCCGCCGGCCGCGACGACAACAUCGACUUGGACACACCAUCAUCAGGACAAUGUGCCAGGCCAACAAAAUGGCCAUAACCCGUCCUCUUUCACGGGGGCGACGCUAGUCCCGGAGUUUGACGAGUCUCUCUCCUUGGAGACAAUGGAUAUCUUCUUUAGCGGCGGCCACCUGGGGCUCGGCGAACACUCAUUCUUCUGACGUCGCGACUUUGCGCGUCCACGGCAAGGCGUUGGAUUGAAGAAAAACACAUUUAGAAAAUACACAAAGAAAUCCAGAGACUUUCCUGUAAGAAUUUCUAGCCUUGAAAAAAAUAUCAAGCCAUGAUAAUGAGUGUCACACCUUUGUUCUUCUCGCUGGACCCUUUGUCUUCUUC